CCAACUCCCUCCCUCCCUACACAAGCAACAAGAGCAGCACACCAGCAUCCAAGAAGAGGAGCGAGGAGGAGGAAGGAAGGUAGAGACGAGACGAGCCGCUGCCUGCCUCUCAAAGCAAGCCAUCAUUAGCCACCAAAUGCAGGCAUGCGUCAUAUAGCUGACAGGACAAGAAGCAGAGGCAGAGGUAGAAGAAGAGGAAGAAGUGACAGCUUCCAGCCGCCAUGUCGUAUGACCAGAUGAUCGCGCCGCUUCUUGGAGCCGGCCGGUCGGCGUGGACGGCUCACGACGGCGGCGAGGCCGUGGUGAGGCAGAUACUCAAGUGCACGAGGUGGCAGCUCGAGGAGACCACGGACUUCGUCACCUGCCCGUACCACUACUACUGCGACAGCUCCUACCCGGGCGACUACCACGCCGCCGUCGGCGCGCUCGUCGCCGCCUUCGCCGCGUACUGCUUCCUCUCCACGCUCGCGUUCACCGUCCUCGACCUCGCGAGGAGCAACGCGACGGGGGUCAGGGGCAUCAAGCGGAAGUACCUGCUCCCCUCGGGGCCCUUCCUGCUCCCGCUGGUGCUGCUCGUGCUCGCCAAGGGGCAGCGGAUCAACGCCGUGUUCCCGCUCGCGCAGCUCGGCCCGGCAUUGCUGCUGCUGCUGCAGGCGUCGGCGCUCGCGUUCCGGAACGAGGCCGACGGGGACAUCCGCUACGCGGUGCUGGAGGCGUCCACCGUCUCCGGCGUGCUUCACGCCAGCCUGUACCUGGACGCCGUCGUGCUGCCCUACUACACGGGCCAGGAGGCGCUCCGGUGGUCGCAGUUCUCCGGCGAGUGCGCGUCCUGCCUCUGCCGGAUGGAGCCGCUCGUCGUCGGCGGCACGGCGGUGCGGUACCGGGGCCUGUCCAAGACGGCGCUGGCGAUCAUCUUCGCGCUGUGCUCGCGGAUGGUGUGCCGGAUUUACGGCGAGGAGCGGCUCAGCGCGUGGACGCGGUCGGCGCUGGAGGCCGCCGGCUGGGUGUUCGUCGCGGCCGACGCGGUCUACCUCGUAGGCUGGGUCGCCGUGGAGGGCGGCGCCGUCAGUGUGUUGGCGUACAGCCUUGUCGCCGGGCUCGUCUUCCUCGGCGUCUUCGGCAAGGUCUACAGAUUCUUGGCAUGGUUGGAGACGAGACAAUCUCAAUGGAAAUCAAGCCUCUGCCAUAGCGCUGUAUGAUACUUCGUCAGAAACAACACAAAAUCUGUAAAAAGAAAAAGAAACCAUUUUCUUAGCUCACCUUUUGUUCAUUUGUACAAUGCACACAAUGAGAAAAACGAAAGUUGCAAUUUUUUCAUGCUUAGAUAAAUUUUCUGAAGCCAUCCUGAUUUCUGAAAGCCUGAACUUUGCUGAUGAAUCUUCAGAGUUACUUCUCCAUUUUUCGAUAUGUU